GCUGAGACUAAGAAACAAAGACUUAGUUUUACAAAUCACUCAGACUUUUGUCAACCAAUACCACUUCCAUUCUUUCAUCUCUAUAAAUAUCAGUUCAUUUUUUCUUCACAAUCACAGUUCUCCAAAAGAAUCAGACUCAAACAACAACUUCACAACAUUUUUCUGAGAUGGCUUUCCAUGAGGGUGUCAACAUGUUUGUUCUAUUCCUUCUUUCCUUAAUGUUGCUGCAUCAUCUUUCUCCCAUUUCUGUCAUAAGUGCACAAAGUGAUUCUGAAGCUCCGCCUCCACCGGAUACCGAAACUCAGAACGAAAUACAAAAUUCCGAUAUAAUAAUUGAAACGACUUCAUCUCCUCCAUCUCCAUCUCCACCACCAACUCAAAUUGGAAAAAGUGUUUCAAGCAACUCCAAUCUCCAAGUGCAAAAGACACCAUCUCCUCCAUCUCCAUCCCCACCACGAACUCAAACUGAAAAAAGCGUUUUAAGCAACUCUAAUAUACAAGUGCAAAAGGCUCCAUCUCCUGCAUCUCCAUCUACACCGCCAACUCAAACUGAAAAGAGCGUUUCAAGCAAUUCUAAUGUUCAAUUGCAAAAGACUCCAUCUUCUUCAAAUCUCUUAAACAUGGUCACAAACAAUGAUAUAAAUCUUCACGAUGAGCUUUAAUUCAAGAGAAUAAUACAAUGUUACAAUAUUGUACAAUAAUAUAGCAUUGCUUAUUAUUGAAUUCUACAAGUAAAAAUAAGUGUUAAUUUUAACACCAUUAUAGGUAUUUUU